CAGACCUUGGGCCAUUUACUUUCCAAUUGAACCGGGCCUCUUUGAGUCUGGAUGGGGCCCUUAGAUGUCACUUCGGGAGGUCCGUACUACACCUGGUGGCCUAUAGGCCAUGGAGCCGACUAGGUGGGUUUGCGCCUCCUGCACUGUCCCCCUUCUUGGUGCAUGGUCCAAAGAAGCCUCUGACCACGCCGCUGAUGUCGCCAACGAACCUCGAAGACGGUAGGUGGACCUUUUUUCUCUCAUCCUGAUAUCAACUUAGUACUCCGAGUUCUUGGACUUUUCUUGUUGACAUCUCUCUGCCUACCAUCGACCUCAUAUCUGGUGAUAUCAUAACCUUCUCCCAACCCGGUAGCCUUGCCAGGUGCAACAGGACCAGCCCACUUUAAGUACAGAUUCAACAGGUUGUUUCUCCUUCCUCACCAACACCAUCGGUUGUGGACCUCGCUUGAGACCUGUCCCAGACUACCAGCCCAUCGCUACCAGCUAGCUGCUCCACUACCCCUUCAUUUACAUACUCUUCAACAUGGACUCUGUUCCGCAACAUGUUCACUUCUACGACAAGCCGCUGGGUCGGACCAAUAUGACAACACAUAAUAACACUCCAAUGUAUUAUCUCGAGAAACCCCUGGCUAGGUCAAACACAUCAUCCACGACGUCUUCAAUGGAGAGAACGCGCUCAACUCCUCUCUCCAGGAUCCUCUUAUCCGGCGAGGUCAGCGGCGAGGCGCCCCGGAACCUCAAUUUAAGAGAAAGACUCGACAGAUGGAUGGUCAAUGAAGGCUCCAGGAGAGUAGUGGUGGGAGUAUUCGUGCUGGUUCACGCAUUCAUCUACGCCUUUGGAUUCACUCAUUAUCAGCUCAAAGACAACUUGACUGGUGCUCGCGCAGAUUUUGGUCUCACCUUUGCCACAGCCCGUUCAGCAGCUCUAGUCCUUCAUUUCGACGUCGCCCUCAUCCUCUUUCCCGUAUGUCGAACCCUCAUCUCCCUUUUGCGACAAACGCCGUUGAACAGCAUUGUCCCCUUUGAUAAGAACAUCACCUUCCACAAGCUCAUUGCAUACUCCAUUGUCUUUUUCUCCUGGGUCCACACUCUCGCCCAUAUCAACAAUGUCGCCCAGCUCGCCAUCAAAACCAAGCAAGGGUUUGUUGGCUUUCUGAGACUCGGCUUCUUGACCGGUCCUGGCUGGACUGGUUGGGUCAUGCUGAUCGCUCUCAUGGCCAUGUUCUUCACCGCCAUUGAAAAACCUCGCCGCGCCAAUUACGAACGCUUCUGGUCCGUUCAUCACCUCUUUAUCAUCUUCUUCAUGAUGUGGGCCAUCCACGGCGCCUUUUGCAUGAUCAAGCCCGACACGGCUCCGUUCUGCUUUGGCAUCGGCGUCUUCUGGGAGUACUGGAUGUUCGGCGGCUUUGCCUAUCUAUUGGAGAGAAUCUUGAGAGAAAUCCGUGGCCGUCACAAAACAUACGUCACCAAAGUCAUUCAACACCCCAGUAACGUCGUUGAGAUUCAGAUGCAUAAAGAGAAAACCAAGACUCGCGCCGGUCAAUACAUUUUCUUAUGUUGCCCUGAAGUCUCAAUCUGGCAAUACCAUCCUUUUACGCUGACGUCUGCGCCCGAAGAGGACUACAUCUCUGUACAUGUACGAAUGGUGGGGAACUUCACAAAGGCUCUUGGGAAAGCCCUCGGUUGCGAAGAAAGCAAAAGAGGCGGCGACAAGGGUGAGAAAAAGCAGCGCACCGAAAUCAUGUCAAUGGCCCCUGGUGGGUUGACCAAGCUCCUACCCAGGAUCUACGUGGAUGGCCCCUUUGGUUCGGCUUCAGAGGAUGUGUUCAAGUUCGAAACCGCGGUCCUUGUUGGAGCAGGUAUCGGUGUCACCCCAUUCGCGAGCAUUCUGAAGAGCAUAUGGUAUCGGAUGAGCACAGGAACCGGAGGCAAGUCGAGGCUUCGCAAGGUCUAUUUCUUCUGGAUCUGCAGAGAUUUUGGAAGUCUGGAGUGGUUCAAGUCACUCCUGAUGGCAAUUGAGGCUCAGGAUAAGGCUCACAACAUUGAGAUUCACACGUACCUCACCGCGAAAAUCUCAUCUGCAGAUGCCAACAACAUUAUGCUCAACAGCACCGAUACCGACGCAGUUACAGGCCUGCGCACACCGACCAACUUUGGCCGCCCGAACUGGGAUAUGGUCUUCCGUGCCAUCCGCAAACUCCAUUCUCCUGGCGAAGCUGGUGUGUUUUUCUGUGGGCCCAAAGGACUGGGCUCUCAGUUACACAUCAAAUGCAACAUGUACUCAGAGGGUGAUAAGGGCUUCAGCUUUGUCUGGGGCAAAGAAAACUUCUAAUCAGGCCCGCAUCUCUGGGGUCAUGUCUGGACCAGCAUUUCGGCAUGGUUCAGAAUGCCACGCAGCAAGCGAAAACGAUUCUAUUUCUUGAUGUUAUUCUUUAGUCUUGACACUUUGUUCUGCAUUGCGACUGGAACUGGUAUGGGUAACGAGGCGGAACACAGCAACGGGGAGCGAGCUUCCUCUUGGGGUCAACACAUUGGGCUCAAUCGUCCGCUGGAUUUGGGCGACUCAGUUCGGGAGUUUAGGGGGGCAGAUUGAGUGGAGAUUAUCUGCAUCAAGGGUGAUGAUAUCUUUCGGAAACCCAACGGGGGAGAGUCGAGCAGCGCAUCUAAGGUGUCCCUGAACUCAUCAUAUGCUCGCAUCGUCCUCCCCUGGGGUGUCUGAGAGAAUGUUCAUCGGCGGUGAGCUCAUGAUGGUUUGCACCAUGUCUCACUGUUGUGUCCUAAUCUGCCCUCCCACAUCUGUCAUAUCAUAGAAGAUACCACUAUACACUACCACUAUUUUUGGGGUCGAUGGUGAAGGUCGUCCCCCCGGUCAUCCGCCCUGGGUGUUUCUGGCUCUGCAGAAGCGAGCAAGAGAGCACCCAGAGUCGGAAAAAAGCUGAUGUGUAUAUCAUGCGGCGAGAGUAAAUGAGAACUUUUUUGAAAACGGCGAAAAAAAA